GUCGAAAAAACGACUGACUACCCUUCGGCUGAGUACUCCCUGGUGGAGGAUGUAGCCCUCCACUUCACGUGUUUGAUGGACAGACUGAACGAGCAGCGCCUCUUUCAGCCGGACCUGUGCGACGUGGACAUCGUGCUGGUGCAGCACAAGAGCAUCUUCCCGGCGCACAAGGGGGUCCUGGCGGCCUAUAGCCAAUUCUUCCACUCCCUCUUCACCCAAAACAAGCAGCUGCAGCGCGUCGAGCUCUCGCUGGAGGCCCUCACCUCUCAGGGCCUCCAGCAGAUCCUCAACUUCAUCUACACCUCCAAGCUCCUCGUCAACUCCUGUAAUGUGCAGGACGUGCUGAACGCGGCCGCCGUGCUGCAGAUGAACAACAUCGCCUCCUCCUGCCAGGACCUUCUUGACACCCGUUCGCUCAGCCUGGCUGCCGACAUGGCCCUGCCUGCUGAGGGCUGCGCCGGACCCCCACCCUACUACUGCGAGAUCAAGCAGGAGGUGGAUGCCCCUCAUCCCAAGAUCUAUGCCCGGGAGGGCAAUGACCCCUACUCAGUGCGGGUGGAGGAUGGAGCAGGUGGUGGGACGCUUCCCCCUGGUCCAGCCAAGCAGUACUACAAGGAGGAGAAGGAUGGUGGUCCAGGCGCCGUCUGUAAGAUGGAAGGUGAAGAGUCCGAGGAGGACCUGGACAGCCAGGGCUCGUACAACCGGGAGCAGAUCAUCGUGGAGGUGAACCUCAACAACCAGACCCUCAAUGUCUCCAAGGGCAUGGAGGGGAAGGCGGCUGCCAGCGAGGCGGCUGUGAUGGGGCGGCCUGACGGUGAUGGGCACGAAACGGAGGAGGAUGGGGAGGAGGAGAAUGAGGAAGGGGAGGAGGAGGAAGAAGAGGAGGAGGAUGCAGAGGUGGGCGAGGAGGAGGAGGAAGAACACAGCGAGGAGGAAGACCUGGAGGAGACGACGGAAGAAGAAGACGAUGACGAUGAUGAUGAAGAUGCAUCAGAGGUGAAAAGGGAAAAAGGUGGGCAGCCUCGCAGAGGCAGCCGGGCAUCCAAAGCCACCAAACCUGCCAUGGCAACCAGGUCCCAAGAGAUGGCCAAGGUGGAAGAGGAGGAGGAGGAGGAAGAGGAAGGCCAACGCGGAAGGAAGAGGAAAAAGGAGCAGGAUGGUUUGGGCCAAAAGGUGAAGCUGGAGGAGAAGCAGCACUACCCGUGCAAGAAGUGCCCCCGGGUCUUCAACAACCGCUGGUACCUGGAGAAGCACAUGAACGUCACGCACAGCCGCAUGCAGAUCUGCGACAAGUGCGGCAAACGCUUCCUGCUCGAGAGCGAGCUGCUCCUGCACCACCAGACCGACUGCGAGAAGAACAUCCAGUGUGUGACGUGUGGGAAGGGGUUCAAGAAGCUCUGGUCCCUCCACGAGCACAACAAGAUCGUCCAUGGCUAUGCAGAGAAGAAGUUCUCCUGCGAGAUCUGCGAGAAGAAGUUCUACACCAUGGCCCAUGUGCGCAAACACAUGGUUGCUCACACCAAGGACAUGCCAUUCACCUGCGAGACCUGUGGGAAGUCCUUCAAGCGCAGCAUGUCCCUCAAGGUCCAUUCGCUCCAGCACUCUGGGGAAAAGCCUUUUAAAUGCGAGAACUGCAACGAGCGCUUCCAGUACAAGUACCAGCUGCGCUCCCACAUGAGCAUCCACAUCGGCCACAAGCAGUUCAUGUGCCAGUGGUGCGGCAAGGACUUCAACAUGAAGCAGUACUUCGAUGAGCACAUGAAGACGCACACAGGUGAGAAGCCCUACAUCUGUGAGAUCUGCGGGAAGAGCUUCACCAGCCGCCCCAACAUGAAGCGGCAUCGCCGGACCCAUACGGGCGAGAAGCCGUACCCUUGUGACGUCUGCGGCCAACGCUUCCGCUUCUCCAACAUGCUCAAAGCCCACAAGGAGAAAUGUUUCCGCGUCAGCAACCCCUUGGCUUCGGACACGGCUGCCCCCCAACCUGCUGCCAGCCCGGCUCCGCUGGCCCCCGGCCCCAGCAUCUCCCCUCUGCCCCUGCCGCUGCUUCAUCCCCUUCCACAGACCCUCCCUCCUCCUCCUCACCUACCGCCACCCCCUCCCCUGUUUCCCGCAGGGAGGAUAAAUUCGAACAACAACUAG